AUGAAGACAAUCUACAAUCGUUCCUCGAUCAAGACGAGCUUCUACACCAACAUGGGCUCCUGGAAAGGGGUAGUAACCACAUUGGGGAAAUUGGACUAUGCUUCUGCAGCACCUACCCGCAACAAUUUGCUACAAUGCUUCCAAAACAGAAACCUUGACACACUCACUGGCAACAUCGAUACUCAUGUGUUCAAGUUCGUCAAAAUCUUGUCUGAACAUGCAGACCGGGGGCACAACCUUGAUGGUGUUGUCUGGUUCCGAUUACUCGCACUUGAUAUCCUUACUGAUGUGCUUUGGGGAGAUCAGACCGACCUUCUUGGAAAUGCCGAUAAUUCUACCCCGGACUUCUUGAGGCGCUUCCAUGCGUUCAGCAAGUACAACGCACUCAAGAGUUUCAUCCCGGUAGUGGAGAUCUUUGUCAAAUACUUUGGCAAUAGCAAGUGGAAGCAGCUUCGUCAAGACUGUCUCGACAUGGAUGUUACCGCUCACGAAGCUUUGAUCAAGUGGAACCAGAAGGAUACCAAAGGACAUAACAAAGAUGUGUUAUCCAUGCUUUCUUCCAUGCAAGCAGAUGGGACCGCAGACGGAAACAUGCUCCAGGCGCACAUCCCAGCUUACAUGGUCGAGAUGAUGGCAGCUGGGUCAUCCACCACUUCUCACACCGCAACCUUUGCGUGUUGGGCCCUGACCAAGAACCCAGGGGUGCANAAAAAACUUCGCCAAGAACUCUUCGAGGCAUUCCCCGAAGCUCAGGAUCUCGAUAUGCGCAAGUCUCAAGAUCUUCCAUACCUCGAUGCUGUAAUCAAAGAGACCAUGCGCGUGUGGCCAAUGAUCCCUGGCCCUCUGGAAAGAUAUCUGGGAAGCACAAUCACAGUCAACGGGCUGGCAGUUCCACCUGGCGUUAUUGCCUCGACAGCUGCGUAUAGCCAAGGCCGCAAGGAGGAUGUCUACAAGAAUGCAGAUCGGUGGGAACCAGACCGCUGGUUGGAAGCGGACGAGAGAAUGAAGCUGAAUUGGACCCCGUUCGGCCAUGGAUCACGUAUCUGUCCUGGUAGCAACCUCGCCAUGACUGAGCUGAGAUAUAUGCUGUGCGCGAUCUUUAGAAACCUGCGAGCUGUACCGCCUACCGGUCAUGAGAAUGACCCAAUCGAGAUGAUGGAUGUAUUUGCCGCUGGCACCAAGUCCGGUGUUUGUUGGUUGAGGUUCGAAAAGGACGCACAGGCAGCUUGA